AAUUUCGUUUGGCUCUCUACUGGAGCACAAAUUUCACACCUCUCCUUAUUUACCUAUGAAAGUUCAAAAACAAUUAUUAUUUCCAAAUUAUUAUUUUUCUCUGAAGACAUGCAAUUAUGUGAGCACAAUUCCAGUUCAUUUCAUUUGAACUUGCUUAAUACUUGUUGGGACAGAUAUGAUUCUUUAUUGACAGACAGUGAAAACUAUCCAUGUAUUUUUAUUAUUUUUUUUAUUAAAAAAUAUAUAUAUGUAUUUAAAGCAUUAUAAAGUAUAAGUUAAGUUUACAGUAUGCCAGUAACUUUCUUUCAUUAUUUUUGAUUCAAGUAGUUUUAUUUUUCAUAGGGAUAAACUGCUUUUAAAGUUUAUGAUUUUAUACUCUUCAUUUAAAUACAUUUUCUGAAUUAAGAAUUUUUUUUAAUUAAUCUAACACAGGCAUGUUGUUCAGGAUGGUAAAACUCAGACUACUCAAUACGAUUGCACCUGUAUACUUCUACACUGCAACCGUGGUCACAUUCACCCUCCACUUCCUCCUCUUCAUGCCCACUGUUUUCCAAAGUCCAGAUGAGGCGCUAAAUCCCACCAUGCUGGUCCACAUUGGCGUCUUUCUAUUCCUCAUUGGGAACGCGCUGGGUAAUUACACAAUGACUAUAUGGUACCCAUCUGAGAGUGCCAACGAGACAGUUAUUCCAGUCUGUUCACCUGACUGCCCGGACCGAAUUGACGCCCACUACCUCCUGAAUGGACGCCACUUCUGCAAAGUGUGUAAGAAAGUGAUUCUAAAACGGGACCACCACUGCUUUUUCACAGGAAACUGUAUUGGGAAUAAGAACAUGCGCUACUUUAUUAUGUUCAGCAUCUAUACGUCCUGCUGUUGUCUGUAUUCGUUGGUAAUUGGGGUGGCGUAUCUUACGACGGAAUACUCCAUUUCCUUUGAGAACCCACUGACGUUCCUCACUCUUCUGCCGCUCUCGACAGGUUACUUCUUCCUUGGUUCGAUUUCCGGUCUCCAGUUCUUUCUGGUUAUAAUGCUGUACGUCUGGCUGGGUAUUGGACUAGUGAGCGCUGGUUUCUGCUGUCAACAGCUUCUACUAGUAGCCCGAGGGCAAACCUGGUGUGAGCUACAAAAAGGGCAGUUGUCAGAGGGUCGGGGGACCUGGCGUGCCAACCUGACUGAUGUUUUUGGUUCCCGGUGGGCUCUGGGCCUUUUCCUACCAGUUCAGACUGUGGAGACCAAACCUGGGAACUGGCAGGUCUACCAUGAUCACAAACAUGACUGAAAAGCCAAGAACUUGCCAUAUCAGUGUGUUUAUCAUAAGUUGGCCUGUGUGGAACAGUUAUUAAAUAUGAUCAGUUCACUCGAGUUGUGUUAGCCCACACAACUGAUCUACAUUUUUAGUGGAUUUCUGUCAUCGCUGCACAAAUUAGGAGAGUGUUAUGUCACAAAGGUGUGGUAAAGCCAAUAUCUAUGUCUGUCAUCACUGUGCUGAAACUCAAUUUCAGCCCUAGUUCAGGGCAGCAGUGAUUAGCAGCGGUAACAUCAGAGAAGGAGGCCAGGAUUAAAGGAUGGAUGGGUAUUUACAAAACAAUGCACACUAGUUAAUCAGAACACUAUUACACAAGUGGCCUGCUAAAAUGUGGGUAACAUUUAGGUUAGUUAGAAAUUUUGGCCACAUGCCACAAGAAAUUUAAAUGUAACAUUGAAAUGUACUGAACUGCGAUUUAAAAAAAUAAAAAAAAUCAACAUACUGUAGGUAAUGCAUAAAUGAUACAUGAAAUAAAUACUUUUGGCUCAGUUUCUUUUAGUACUUUUAAUUAGCAAGAAUGCAUUAAAAUUGAUUAAAAGUGACAGUAAAGACAUUUAGAAUGCAACAAAAGAUUUAAAUAACUGCUGUUCAUUUAAACUUUAUAUUCAUCAUCCUAAUGGUUUACACAAAUAUUAAGCAUCACAGCUAUUUUCAACAUUGAUAAUUUAAGUUAUCAUUUGAUAAGUUAUUUUAAAUUGUACUAUUUUCCUAAUAUUAUUGUUUUUACAGUAUUUUUGAUUUUUAGUUAGCAUAGGAGACUUUGAAUGGUAAUGUAUGUCUUCACAUACUUUGCAUUUCUAUUUAAACAUUACAGUUAUAUGAACUUUUUGAUACUACUUCCAUUCAAGAUUCAAAUUUCUGAAAUUUCAGUUCAUCCUGUUUCAGUUCAUUUCAACAUAUUUCUGUUACUAGACCAGGAUUUAAUUUUCAAUUCAUUUCUGAAUAGCACACAUGUACUUGAUACCAUCAUCAUUCUUCUAAAAAUGUCUGUUGUUUCAUAUCUUUAAUUAUCUUUGUCUUUGGCAGUAAAUGUGUGCUUAUGUUUCUGUGCACUCUGUCCAACAUGGUCAAAAUAGUAAUAAUGGAGGGUCGCACUAUUCUGUAAUUGAAACCCACUUAUAAAACAGCAAUCCACUAUUAAGUUUCAUGUCAGCGUUUCAAUUAUUAUAAGUGCACACUCACGAUUGCUCCGCUCUCAGUCCUGUUUGACGUUUGGAAACAUGGCCCCUCAACAUCCUUUGGCUGCAGCUGAAUUGAGCAUCUUAUCUUAUCAAAACAUCUUAACUCUUCAUGUCCAUCUUGACUGGAUCAGUUGACUAUGCUUUGUUUAGUUGUUUAGAAGCUGCAGUUUCCAUUUGCAUUGCCAAUUACACUAUCACAGCUAAAAUUUAUAUUUUCAUGUCAUUUUUCUACCACCUAUUUAGUUAUUAUACUGUUGUGAAUUAAUACAUUUCUGUAUUAAUAAGUUUCUGUAUUUGAUACUUAAAAAAUAUGGCAUGCAAUGAUAAUGAACAUGCAUUUUCUGUUGAGGAAUAUAGUAUUUUCUCUCCAUAUCACUGUGUGCUGUGUAUGCUCUUCUGUGUCAUCCGUGCCACA